UCCAAUUCUUUCGAAAAAUUGACAAUUUACUUGUACGAAAUUUCAUUUUCUCUUUUUCUUUAACGAUAUAAUAUAAAUAAGAAAUAUUUUCGGGCAACGAUGUCGAUAUUUCUUCGAUUUACGUCUAUACUAUAUUGCAUUGCAUCAUUUUUGCUAUUCGUGCAAUAUGUCUACAGUCUUACGAGCGUCAACAGUCAUCACGACCAUAACGACCAUCACCAUCACAAACAAAGUAAAAAGUUGAAAUUACCAAUAAACCAUUCUAAUUUGUCAAGAGAGCGCGGAGACUACAGAAUGCUUAUUGCGGGCGGUGUACAAAAUCAUAGGUCCGAAUUUUAUAGACACGUUGUAUCUGUGCGCACCGCUCGAGCGACCGCGUACUUCGGAGAUAAUCACUUUUGUGCGGGUUCAAUUAUAUCGGACAAUUUAGUAUUGACGGCAGCGCAUUGUGUUGUCGAUCGUCGCAAGAUUGUUACGCGUGAUCAUCGUCUUAUGGUAGUCGCUGGGGCGCCGCAUCGUUUGCUGAAGUACAUAACAACGGUUGAAAUGAAAAUACUCGAUGUGAUACCUCAUCAUGAAUUUGUACGAGAAGGUGCUCACGAUAUAGCAUUAUUGCGUCUGGAUGGAAGUUUUCCCGACGACAAUGAUUAUAUCAAAGUAAUUCCCUUGGCUGAUCGUAUUAUACCAAAUGGAACUCAAUGCACCAUCUUGGGUUGGGGUCAAGUCUUCUAUCGUGGUCCCUACUCAGCAUAUUCUAUACAUGCCAAUGUAACGGUAUUUUCAUAUGAAUAUUGCCAAAAAUUUUAUCCAGAUGUAUUUGAUGAGACAAUGAUUUGUGCCGGUAGACCAAACACAUGGGAUGUGAACACAUGUCGGGGCGAUUCUGGUGGUCCAUUAAUUUGCCGUGGUCAAGUGGCCGGCGUCGUUUCAUGGAGCUCAUAUUGUGGAACAGUCAAGAAACCAACGGUAUUUACAAGUGUAUUUCAUCAUCGUAACUGGAUCAAAGUAGCAAGCGGUGCAGAAGUGGUGAAAAUACUGAAGUCACUUCAGUUCUUUUGGUACAUCCUAUGUUCAUAUAUCUUUAAUUGAAAUGUAUCUAUAUACCUACAUAGAUCAAUUUUGACAUAUGCCCUCGAUUUGAAACCGUCUUCACGGUUUAAUUAAAUUUAUUUUUAUACUCUCGCAACAAACUUGCGAAGAGAGUAUUAUAGUUUUGUUCACAAAA